AUGAAGGGUGGUGGUGGAUUGUCCCCCUGUCUGCGAGCCCUGGGUGGACAAAGGGGCUUCCAGAGAGAGAGGAGGAGCAUGGCCAGUGGGAAUGGGCUCCCUUCAUCCUCCGGCCUGGUGGCCAAGCACCCCUCAGCCCUGGGCCCGUUCCCCAGAUACAUCUGGAUCCACCAAGACACACCCCAAGACAGCCUAGAUAAGACUUGCCAUGAAAUCUGGAAGAGGGUACAGGGCCUGCCUGAGGCCUUGCAGCCCAGGACCUGGACAGAGCAGCUCUCUGCCCCCAUGACUGGUACUCCAAGAGACAACGGGCUUGGCUUCCAAGAACAAGCACUGGAGCUCAGCGGUGGCAAAGAUGAGAUCUCCCUGUUGGUGGAGCAGGAGUUCUUGAGCCUCACUAAAGAGAACCUCAUCCUGGUCAAAGAGAGCUCAGGUGAGCUUGAGACACCUGGUGGCUCUCCUGAGGGGAAGAGAGAACUGACUCCCUGCAUUCUUAAACCUCCUCUGGCAGCAGAAAGCACUGAGCUCCCUGGAGACUACAUCAUCACCAGUGACAAGCUUCUGGAGCCAAAGGUGGCCGUGUCCGUUAUUGGCAGCCAGCAGAGCUGUGACUCUGCCAUGUCUACGGUCACGGGCAUUCUGCGCUCUGCCAAGGUCAAGAGUGCCAAGGGGACAGAAGAUAGGGGCCACAGCCUGGGAACCUCAGAGAUCAGCAAGCUCCUGGCCCAGUUUCCACUAAAAUCCACUGAAAGUAAGGUUCCCAACAACAAGAUGGUGCUGGAAGAGACAAGGGUCAUAAAGGACUUCCUGCAGAACAGCAUGUUCAGUGGCCCUGGACCCAAGGAGUCAGCGGGGCUGGGUGCAUUUCUGCUGCUGCCACCCGCACCUCCUCUUGCACCUUUGGACAAGCUCCCUGAGCUCCCUACUCAGAAGAGGCAGCUCCCGGUGUUUGCCAAGAUCUGUUCCAAACCCGAGGUGGACCCUGCCAUGGAAGGUCAUCACUUGAUGGAACUGAACCCUGGCACCAAGGAGCUGACCAAGGGUCGAGAGAGCCUCUUUCUCAGUCAGUGGCCCCAGAGCAAGAAGGACAGCUGUGGUGAAGAGGGUUGCAGUGACCCAGUGAGCACCAUGUCCAUGGCCCUGCCAACCAAGAAGCCUGCUUGGCCGGCUGAGAAGAACCUGCUCUAUGAGUUCCUUGGAGCAACCAAGAACCCCAGUGGGCAGCUGAGACUUCAUAGCAAAGUGGAGAUGGAUGGGCUGGAGCUGAAAUUUAACCCACCUGUAACAGUGGCAGACAAGAACAACAAGUAUACAGGGAACGUCUUCAACCCACGCUUUGCCACAGCCUUGACCUCAGCAACCCUCAAUCAGCCACUCUGGCUCAACAUGAACUACCCACCUCUGCCGGUGUUCACAAAUCACUCCACCUUCCCACAGUAUCAGGGCCUGUACCCACAGAGAGGCACGAGGAUGCCCUAUCAGCAGCCCCUGCACCCCCAGCUGGGGUGCUACUCUCGACAGGUGACGCCGUACAACCCACAACAAAUGGGACAGCAGAUUUUCCGCUCUUCCUACACCCCCCUGCUGAGCUACAUCCCUUUUGUCCAGUCCAACUAUCCGUACCCUCAGAGGACUCCUCCAAAGCUGUCCACCAAUCCCCGAGACCCUUCUCCCAUGGCAGGAGAUGGGCCACACUACCUCUACCCCCAGGCAUAUGGGUUCAGCUCAACGUCUGGUGGGCCACUGAUGAACAGCCCCUAUUUUCCCUCCAGUGGGAAUGGCAUAAAUUUUUAG